AUGUUUGGUUUGAAAUUAACACGUAAGGACAAUUACUCACCAAAGAGUCCUGUAUCAGUUUCAGAUAUUUCGACUCCAUCAGCGAGGUUUAGCGAUGAUUCAAAAAGCUCAAAAAAUUCAUCUCCAAGGAAACAUAAGGAUCAUCAUGGUUCGAAGAUUACCACUCCAACAAAUGGCAACAAAAAUUCAAACCAUGGCGUAAAAGAUUUGUCUUCUCCAGAAAAGGUAAUAAAAGCAUUACAUUCUCAUACUUCAACUUCAUCAAAGGGUCUAUCUUAUUCAAAAGGUGAUUUCUUUUAUGUAAUUAGUGAAACUGAAAGGUCUUACAAAGCAACAAAUCCAAUUACUGGUUUAAUUGGUAAAGUUUCAAAAAAAGAUUUUGAGGUGUUUAAUAGGACAAGACCUUUAUCGCCUUCAAUAACAAACACUAGUCUGAAAUCUUCAGUUUCAGAUUCGGAUUCUUAUGAUGAUGAUAGUCUAAAAUUUGGUUCAUUAUCCGGUAUUGUACUUUAUGACUUCAAGCCUGAAAGACCCGAUGAGCUUGAAGCAAAUGCUGGUGAUAAAAUUACUAUUUAUGCUCAUCAUAAUGAUGAAUGGUUCAUUGCCAGUCAUACAGACAGCUCAGGCAAACCUUAUUUAAUACCAAUUGAUUUUGUUAGUAUCAUUGAUCCAAUAACUGGCUAUGCUAGUAGCUCAACCAUUAAAAAUGAUAUAGAAUCAGUAAACUUACCAACUGUGGAAGUGUGGAAGAAGGGAGUACUGCAAGUUCAAUCAAGAAGUACAAGCAUGAUUUCUGAGGAUGAACAUUCCGUUAUGAGUUCAGAUUAUGAUGGUAUGUAUUCCACUGGUGUUGAAUCUGUUAGUUACGAGGGGGAUUAUUAUUGGUUCCAAGUUAGAUGCGAACUUUAUAGCGGUAAAGUGAGAACGUUGAAAAGAACUUAUGAUGAUUGCUAUAAAUUCUAUAGAAGGUUGACUGAUUUGUUUCCAUCAGAAGCAGGAGCUAUAAUUGAUUCGAAUGGUAAAAGAUCAAAAAGGAUUUUGCCUAUUUUACCUAGACGUGUGAAUGACUUAAAUGAAGCGAUGGCAUUCCAAAUCAAAGACCAGCUCAAUGAAUUUAUGAAUGAAUUGGUGAAUUUACCUGAUAGGAUUACCACGUCUUCAGUUGUUACAUCAUUUUUUAAAAUAAAGAAUAAUGGAUUUGAUGAGGAAAAGGUUUUACGUAAAAUUGAUAAGCCAUCAAAAUCAAGGAGAUCGAUUGCUUCAAACAGGGAAAGUAAAGAUUAUUUAAAAUUUCAAAAUAGCGCCAGAACAGUCUCGAAUUUUUUAUCUAAACAUAAGAGACAAAUAUCUGACGCAAUGAAAAUUGAGGACACUGAAAAUAUUUUGACUGGGGAAGAUUUAAGAUUAUUUGAAAGACUCUCAACAGUUAGUAUAUCGACUAGUGGAUCAGACGCUCAUAGGAACCCAGCAAAUGAAGGAAAGCAAAGGAUAAAGAUAUAUUAUAAUGAUGAUAUUUUUGCCCUUCGAUUAAGUCCUGAUACUAAGUUAUCAGAUUUAACUGAGGAAAUAAAAAGGAGAAUUGAGAAAGGACCUUUUAUCUUAAAAGUAAAAUCACAAGAUUCAGACGGUGAAAAGAUUGAUACUGAUCAGAAGGUAAAAAAAGCCAUUGAAAACAAGGCAAGAAUAGUGGUUCGUGGAAUUUGA